AUGACUGAAUCAUUCUUCACUAAAUGCGAGAAAGACUAUUUGAAGUUGCUUAACGCAAAGAAGAGCAAAAUGGAGAUAAAUGACGAGGAUUUGGAGUGUGCUUGGGACUGUUUUGAGACUGCGCGACUCUACUUCGAGAAGUUGGGAAGAGCAGACUACCUUGCUAAGAUACACAAAUAUUCUGCUGAUAUCCUUUCAUUCAAUAACGAUUUUGCUACUGCUGUGAUUGAGUAUGAGAAGGCAUUGGAUUAUUGUGGUUCUGAUUUCGCAAAAUGUGCGAUACUUGAAGAUAUGGCUGAUUGUUACGGGAAUAUGAAGAAUAAGAAAAAAGUUCAGGAGAUUGAGAAAACAAUUGAAGAUAUUCAACUGAUAUAG